CUUGUAUUUUUUUAAACUAUUUUAAAGGUCAUUGUUCUUUGCAUAGUGUUGUUGUUACUCCUUAAGGAAAUUUGACUGUUCUUAUAGUGGAAAUUUCAACAGCUUUAUUUUUUACUUUGCUCUUAAUAUUUGAGAACCAAACACUCAUUUUUCCAGAUAACUCUGAUGAGUCUCUUUUUUUACGAUUUUUCUUAUUCUUAAGUACUGUGUUUCCUACUAGAAUUUUAUAAUGCUUGAUGUUUUGCUACAGGAACUUGAUGAAAGUAAACUAGAAGUACAUUUCUGAAAGUUUUCUCGUAUAUCAUUAGCAUCAUGAUGAUGGAUGAUGAAUAUGAUGAUGAUUUAGACACAGAUAGAGGGUGGUAUGAUGAUACUGCCAUAGAUCAUGACCCAGACUCCCCCUCUGCAGAAGAUCAAGAAGCUAGAAAUGCUAUGAUCCAGGCUGAAUGUUUGGAGAAGUUUAGCAGCCAAGAUUUUAUAAUGGAACCUGAAAUUUUUACGCAGUUGAAAAGAUAUUUUCAGAGUGGAGGAAAUCCUGAGCAAGUUAUAGAUCUUCUUUCAGAGAACUACCAUGCUAUUGCACAAACAGCUAAUCUUUUGGCUGAGUGGUUAAUUAUGGCGGGUAUGAAAAUAUCAGAGGUUCAAGCUCUUGUGGAAGAUCAUCUUAGAGAAGUUAUCAUCAGGCAUUUCGAUCCCAAAAAAGCAGAUUCCAUUUUCACUGAAGAAGGAGAAACGCCAGGAUGGCUGACUGAGAUGAUUGAGCACCACACAUGGAGGUCACUGAUUUAUAAGUUAGCAGAAGAUUAUCCUGACUGUCUGAUGUUAAACUUUACUAUUAAACUAAUAUCAGAUGCUGGUUAUCAGGGUGAAAUAACAAGUAUCUCAACAGCCUCCCAACAACUGGAAGUAUUUUCUAGAAUUCUUAAAACUUCAGUGUCAAAUUUUCUUGAAGGUGGGGAAGAAGAGCUUCAGAAGAAUCUUCAUGAAUUUACCAGGAUGGUGUGUCAUGGAGAACAUACAUACUUAUAUAGCCAAGCUCUUCUUCAUCUUUUAUCUCAAGAACCCAGAGGAGGGUCAAAUAUAAAACGUCUUUCUCAAGAAACAAGUGCAUAUGUACAAGGAACAGAACAUAAUGCAACUCCUAUCACCAUGGCAUUGACUGGAGCUGCCACUGUUCCUAGAGCGUGUGGAGCAUUAUCUGCAAUGCUCUGUAAAAACGCAUUAAAUCCUGCGGAUAUUACCGUGCUUUACAAAAUGUACCAAGUUGCAGCUGAACCACCUCCUGUAGAAUUAAUAAGAGUACCACAAUUCUUAGAUUUGCUGAUGGAUUCUUUGUUCAAGCCUGGAACAAAAAUAAAUCCAGAACAUAAACCAAAAUAUAUUUUCUUACUAGCCUAUGCGGUCAGUGUGCAUGAAACUUUUAAAAAGGGAAUGAGAAAGAGUGUAAAUAGAGAAGAGUUAAAAACUACAACACAGGCAGUUGAGAAAGUUCAUAUGAUUUGUAAUGAAAAGAAAGGAUCUUCAGAACUUAUUCCUGAAUUGAAUACUUUAUAUCAGUGCAUUCGUUUCCCAGUGGUUGCUUUAGGUGUUGUCCGGUGGGUGGAUUUCACAGUGUCUGAAAAAAGCUAUUUCAAACUGUCAACUGAACAUACUCCUUUACAUUUAGCUUUGUUAGAUGAAGUUGCUACUUGUCAUAAUACUCUUCAUCAGAAAGUUUUAGAACUUUUGAUUCGAUUAUUUGAAUCACCUCAAGAGGAUUUAGAUGUUUUAGUGCAGCUUGAAAUGAAGAAAAUGCUUUUGGACAGAAUGGUUCACUUGCUCAGUCGUGGUUGUGCUGUUUCUGUUGUUAAUUACAUUAAAGCCUGCUGGCAGCGCCAAGAUACAGAUAUAUCUCUUAUCCGUUACUUUGUAACUGAAGUUCUUGAUAUUAUAGCACCACCAUAUACUGCAGAAUUUGUGAACUUGUUUCUUCCUUUAGUUGAGAAUGAAGAAAUCACUGGUAAUAUGCGGAAUGAGGGUGAAAAUGAUCCCAUAUCUGAAUUUAUUAUACUCUGUAAAUCAAAUUACUUGGGAGCUAAUUAGCUAUGUCUGUUUAUUUUUUUUUUCUUUUAUAAAACAUGUCUAAAUAUUCUGAAAAGAA